GAGACGCUGUACAUGCUGGGGCUUGUCGAGCAGAUCCUACCGUUCGGCUCAAACCAGUGGAACGCCGUCCAGUUGCAGUACAACACUGGGCUACCCAACGGCUUUGGUGCCCGCGAUGCGGACUCGAUCAAGAGGAAAUUCUACGCUCUCAAGAACACGCGCAAGCCUACAGGUGACCCUAACUGUCCUGCAGACGUCGCGCAAGCUAAG